AUGGAGUCAGAAAUCUCUCGAACAAUACGCAGACACAAGCAAGAGGACGAGAAUUGGCGGCGACGGUGCGGAUGUAUUCAUACUAGUGACAAAUUGAGACGGAUCAUUGACACAUUUCCGCCGCCACCACCUCCGACACCUGAAUAUAAAGAAAUACGAUCCAACCCUGUAAUUACUUUAGUAUCAAUAAUACGUAUUUUUAUUAUAAGGUUUAUUUCUUAUAGACUAGCAGAGCCCGCGGCUUCGGUCGCGCUAAAACUACAAAAAAACUAUAAAAAGAAAGGAAAUACUUGUAUAUCUCAUUUUUGCACCGUCCACCAACCAUCUCCGCCUAACAAGACUGUAAAAAUAUGUUGUGAACAAUUGGAAGAAUUAAAAGAAGAAGAACCUAAAAAAGUAAACAAAUCAUGGAGAGUUUUAACAGAGGUGGUGCAGCUCAUACAGAUGUCGGUGACAGCGACUGCUCUAGCACUCUACUACAUUAUCUACUGCUACAUGCAGCUUAUCUAUUACAGUUUGAGAAGUGCUCUGUAUUUUCACAAUGCUGAUGGAUUAUUCAUUGUAUACGGACUAUGCAUAUUACAUGUAAAUACAAUAUCGCCGCCUUCACGGUUGGAUACAUCAGCUGAGUCGGCGGAACUUUCAACGGAGUCAAUCAGCUCGGCUGGCUCGUUUGAGCUCAAUGAAGGUUCAGGAGAAGAUCCAUUGGAAAAUACUGUAGGAGGAAAGAAUCAAACUAGAGAUGCGCUUAAAUCUGAUGGCAGUGAACAGGACCCAGUGGUAUUUUUAUCCGAAAAGAACAGCUAUAUCCCAGUGAGCAUCAAACCGCGGUCCCCAGCGGUAGACUCUAGUUGGCGGGAGCCUCCCGCGUGGGAGCGCGAGUACAGGCGGCAUCGCACAAAUGGCAGCAGAGUGCAGUAUAUUGAAGCGGAAUGUCAAGAUGAUUUUAUGAAGAUCAGAGUAGGAUUCAACGGAUCCUUCAAUGGCUUGGUGUAUUCCGCCGGUUACUCUUACGACCCCGACUGCAUGUAUAUAAAUGGAUCUGGUCGCGAUUACUACGAGUUUUACAUACAACUGAACCGAUGCGGUACUCUAGGCAGGAACGGUCAGCACGAUGACAUCAAGAAGCAUCCCACCAAGAACCUAAUGUGGAACACGAUAACAGUACAAUACAAUCCAUUGAUAGAGGAAGAACUGGACGAGCAUUUUAAAGUGACCUGCGAAUAUGGAUAUGACUUUUGGAAGACAGUGACAUUUCCAUUUCUAGAUGUCGAAGUGGCAACAGGCAACCCGGUAGUAUUCACGCUCCAACCGCCUGAGUGCUACAUGGAGAUCAGGUCGGGCUACGGCGCGACGGGCGCGCGCGUCACCGGCCCCGUGCGCGUGGGCGACCCACUCACGCUGCUUAUUUAUAUGAGAAGUACUUAUGAUGGUUUCGACAUAGUUGUGAACGAUUGCUUCGCACAUAACGGAGCCGCGAAGCGAAUUCAACUGAUCGACGAAUAUGGUUGUCCAGUAGACGACAAGCUAAUCUCCCGGUUCCGCGGCUCGUGGUCGGAGGCGGGCGUGUUCGAGACGCAAGUGUACGCGUAUAUGAAGACGUUUAGAUUCACCGGAUCACCUGCACUGUAUAUUGAAUGCGAUGUCAGAAUGUGUCAUGGAAGAUGUCCGUCGCAACCCUGUCACUGGCGUAAUAUGAAGAAUGUGAAGCGUCGGUCCGUAGAAGAAGCGAGUGUAGCGCCGCGCCUUUCGGAGAACAUCUCGCUGUUCCAGUCACUGCGAGUGUUGCAAGAGGGAGAGGAAGAUGAAACUCCGCCCAAAACCGAAGGUCAAACCUGUAUGAAGACAUCAGCCCUGUCAGCGAUGAUAGUGUCGUGCGGCAUACUGCUGGUUGCCCUGCUGGCUGCGCUGCUGGUCGCCGCGCGGGGCUGGCGGCGCAAUGAGAACAGAGCACCCUUACACGCGUACGUACCGCAUAAGGGCAGGAUAAAG